UUUAAUGACUGCCUAUCAUACCGGGUGUCUAUGUGCGUCUUUAGUCGUUGAACUUUGUGAUUUUGUGAAACGAAGAGAGGUUAAAAACCGCUUACGGUCGCAUGGAAAUAUAGUUUCCAUUUUAGAAUCUUAUUUGGUUUUUGCUUUAUUGGUACAAUGGCUGCCGUUAAAAAAGAGGAAGAACUAAAUAAAGUUGAAGGGCUUGAAAAUGGUGAUGAAGAGGAAUUAGAUGCGGUAGAGGAAGGGGAAACUAAAGAUCCCGCUAAGAAGAAGAAAAAGAAAAAGAAGAAGAAGAAGACAGAGACUGAAGCUACCGCUGAAAAUGAGUCUGCUGAGGUAACAAAUGCUUCAGAAAAGGUAGAAGCUUUGACUGUUGAUGAUGCACCUGCUGAAGGUGAUGAGAAAAAGAAAAAGAAAAAAAAGAACAAAAAUAAAUCUGGCAAGGGUCCAACUAAGGAGCAGACCAAUCCACCAACCAUCCCCAUUGCCGAGUUAUAUCCUGAUGGCAACUUCCCCGAGGGUGAGAUAACAGAGCAUGGCCCAGCUGAAGGCAUUGAUGAAAGAACUGCCAAGGAACGAUUCUCCAGUGAGGAGAAGCGAGCUCUUGAUAGAUUGCACCAAGACAUCUACCAGGAAAUCAGGCAUGCUGCAGAGGCACACAGACAAACACGUAAAUAUAUGCGCGAUUGGAUCAAGCCAGGCAUGACUAUGAUUCAAAUCUGCGAAGAACUAGAAUCAACAGCGAGACGUCUGAUUGGUGAAGAUGGGCUGAAAGCCGGACUGGCUUUCCCCACUGGUUGCAGCCGUAAUCACUGUGCUGCCCAUUACACCCCUAACACUGGUGACACAACUGUCCUAGAAUAUGAUGAUGUCGUAAAAAUCGACUUUGGUACUCACAUCAAUGGGCGCAUUAUUGAUUGUGCUUUCACUCUGAGCUUCAACCCGCGUUACGAUCCAUUGGUCAAGGGAGUACAGGAAGCUACUGAAGCAGGCAUCAAGGCGUCUGGUGUUGAUGUCAGGCUGUGUGAUGUAGGAGCUGCUGUACAAGAGGUUAUGGAAUCACAUGAAGUAGAAAUUGAUGGCCAGGUGUACCAAGUGAAACCCAUACGUAAUUUGAAUGGACACUCCAUUGGACCAUACAGGAUCCAUGCUGGAAAGACAGUACCAAUUGUGAAGGGUGGUGAAACUACACGCAUGGAAGAGAACGAGUUUUAUGCUAUUGAAACUUUCGGGUCUACUGGACGUGGCCAAGUUCAUGAUGAUAUGGACUGCUCUCAUUACAUGAAGAACUUUGAUCAACAAUUUGUGCCAUUGAGGCUUCAAUCAUCAAAACAGCUUCUGAACUUGAUCAACAAAAAUUUCGGAACCCUGGCGUUCUGUAAGCGAUGGCUAGAACGCGCGGGCGCGUCUCGUUAUGCUAUGGCCCUCAAGGACUUGUGUGACAAAGGCGUAGUGGAUGCAUACCCUCCGCUUUGCGACAUCAAAGGGUGCUACACGGCCCAGUUCGAGCACACUAUUCUGUUAAGACCCACUUGCAAAGAAAUUAUAUCACGUGGAGACGAUUACUAGCGAUAGCUGAAGUUGCUUAGGUUGAUGUCGCAGCCAGCUUAUUCCUUCUCAGAUAAUUAUAACUUGGUCAACUAAGAUUGAUCAGUUAACAAUACGAGUGCCGUUGAUUUGAAUGGUUUACUUAAAAUAGUUACUGACCAACAUAAUAAACUACAUUUAGAAUCAUAUUUUUAAGAACAAGCAUCGCGUAAAUGUCAACAUAAGUCGUGUUUGUUAAUGACAUAUUUUUUGUUGCUUUUUAGUAUAAGUUGUCGUUUUCGGAGCGUAUUGUUCGUCCUCAAAGACGAUCAACUCUUUGUUGUAACAUUGUUAUUUCUUUUACUAAUCUUACUUUAAAAUCGUAUUUUAAUACACCCAUAUUCAUAGCAAUUGUGUCGAUAUCAAUAUUUGAAAAUAAAGUUCUUAUACUGGAAAUAUUAA